AUGGACAUGUGCAAAAUGGAUCCGAGGCUUCCUAAAGAACGCAGAGACGACAGAGUGAGUGUGACUGUGCCAGGACCAACCUUAAUGUUUCAGAACAUCCGGUAUGUUGUGAGAGAGAACCGGGGACCCUGUCGCAAAAAAGCACCCGAAAGAGACAUCCUGAAAAAUGUCAGUGGCAUCAUGAAAACGGGUCUGAAUGCGAUCAUGGGUGCAACGGGAAGUGGCAAAACAUCACUGUUGGAUGUCAUUGCUGGAAGAAAAGACCCUCGUGGUAUGCGAUCAGGUCAGGUUUUGGUUGAUAACAAGUUUGUGACCCAUGAACUACACCUGAUGUCCGCCUAUGUUGUUCAGGAUGACAUUCUUAUGGGCACCCUGAGUGUCCGAGAAAAUCUCUUGUUCUCUGCAAAUUUGAGGUUGCCGCGGCAACAGUAUUCUGCUGCAGACAAAGAAAAGAAAGUGAUGAACAUCAUCCAGGAUCUCGGACUUGAGGACUGUGCUAACACCAAGAUAGGUACAGAGUUUCUGAGAGGUGUGUCUGGUGGAGAGAGGAAGCGCUGUAGCAUCGGCAUGGAGCUCAUCACAUCUCCAUCCCUUCUCUUCCUGGAUGAGCCAACAACUGGCUUGGACUCCAACACAGCCAACAGCAUAAUGGGACUUCUACACAAGUUGUCUCGUAGUGGUAAGACCAUCAUUUUCUCCAUUCAUCAACCACGUUACUCCAUCUUCAGACUCUUUGACCACCUGACUCUGCUGCAUAAAGGAGAGAUGGUUUAUGCUGGUCCAGCCAACAAGGCAAUUCAGUACUUUCAUGAUCUAGGCUAUGAAUGUGAGGCAUUCAACAACCCAGCAGAUUUCUUUCUGGACAUCAUAAAUGGAGAAACCUCGACUUCAGUGCCGACUGACAAAUCUUUAGUUGAGCUCUACAGGGACUCUCAGUAUUGUGCUGAGGUGACAGAGGAGUUGACACAAAUUGCUGGCCCAGCAGAUUCUCCAAUCUCAAAAAAGGGAGCAUCGCUGUCCUAUGUUACAUCUUUCUUCUACCAGUUGAAGAUAGUGUGUUGGAGGAUGGUGUUGAACUUGGUGAGGAAUCCACAAACCUCCUAUGCUCAGAUAGUCCUCAAUAUGUUCUUUGCGGUGCUGGUGGGCCUUAUCUACUUUCAGAUGCCUCACAACCUACCUGAAGCCCUGCAGAACAGAACUGGAGCGUUCUUCUUCCUUGUCAUCAACAUGGUGUUUGGCAACUUAUCAGCAGUGGAGCUCUUCAUCAACGAGAGAGCCCUGUUUGUGCAUGAGAACUCUGGGGGGUAUUACCGCACCUCUGUGUAUUUCCUGUCCAAAGUGUUUGUAGAUUUGAUCCCAAACCGCAUCAUCCCAAUCCUUAUUUUCUCUGCUAUCGCGUAUUAUAUGAUGGGGCUGAAGCCGGCCUUCACUGCGUUUCUGUGUUUCUCGCUGACCUUAUCUCUGGCCAGUCUGGCGGCGGUGAGUUUGGCCUUCCUGGUCAGCGCUACCGUGAGCUCUUUCGCCAUGGCCAACGUCCUCAUUGCCGUGCCCUUCGUCUUCAUGAUGGUGUUUGGUGGCUUCCUGGUGAAUCUGAACUCCAUGCUCAACUGGUUGUCCUGGUUCAAGUGGAUCAGCAUCUUCAAAUACGGACUUGAUGCUGUGACCAUCAAUGAAAUGACAGGCCAAGUGUUCUAUGAUAACCGUACUGUAUUAACAGGAGAGAUGUAUCUGAAAGCUCAGGGAAUGGACUACAGUGCGUGGGGAUUCUGGCAGAAUCACGUAGCUCUGUUGGGCAUCAUACUGGUGUGUAUGACACUGUCUUACAUACAGCUACGCAGGAUUAAUCGCUGGAAGUGAUGGACGCAAGCCCAAACACCAGAAGACUGGGAUAUUUAAAGCAGUCAAAUUCCCCCUUAACCCCAAACAUAGUCCAAAGCUAAUGCAGCUAACAAGUAAUUGAAGUGUUUGUACCAGAUACAGGGCAUGAGGAUGAGUUCACCAGUUGAAAGAUGAAUAGAAAGCUGGUAACAUCCAAUAUGGCAUUUGUUCAGCCAAAACA